AUGGCUUCUAGACGCGCUUACCAUGCUGGCUCGUGGUACUCGGAUAGUAGCAGGACCUUGACAGGCCAACUAGAUGGCUGGCUGGCGCAGGUCCCAGAUACUCUGGAGAACGUAGGGUCCCUUCCAGUGCCAGGUGCUCGGGUCAUUAUAGCACCACAUGCAGGUUAUUCUUAUUCGGGGCCCUGUGCAGCCUACGCGUACAAGGCACUCGACCUGUCGAAGGCCAAACGGAUAUUUAUUAUGGGUCCAUCCCAUCACCACUCGCUCUCGACACUGGCUCUCCCCCAAGUUAAAUCAUACUUUACACCACUGUCGAGCGACCCUCUCCCGCUAGAUGUAGAGCUAAUCACGACGCUCCAGCAUACACAGGCAACCAAGCAAAAUGGAUCCAAAGUCAGCUUUACAACCAUGACCCAGUCUGUUGAUGAAGAAGAGCACAGCAUCGAGAUGCAUCUCCCCUACAUCCAUCGUCUCCUCCGGCUGCAGUAUCCAGGCCUUCCAACUGCACAAUAUCCACCACUAGUCCCAAUUAUGGUCGGCAGUACCUCCAAAACCACGGAAGAAGCAUUUGGUGCCCUUUUGGCACCGUAUCUCGCUGAUCCGCAGAACGCAUUCGUCAUCAGUUCAGACUUCUGUCACUGGGGCCUCCGUUUCCGCUACACAUAUUAUGUACCACAAGCCCCAACGCCAGGCCCAGAACUUCCUCUAUCCAGUGACACUCUCCCGCUGCCAGGUCAAGCACAUGCCGACGUUUUGGAAAGUAUUGAGUCCGCUUCUAAGGGACAUAGUCUGCGUCGCGGAGAUCGCAUCUCUAGUAAAGAGCCAGCGAUUCAUGAAAGUAUCUCGGCCUUUGACCUGGCAACCAUGGAUGCCAUUACUACUGGAUCGGCGGACACUUUCUUAGACAUCAUCGAGCGUACCGGGAACACAGUGUGUGGUCGGCAUCCGAUCGGUGUUAUCAUGGCUGCCCUUGAGGUUGUGAUGGCGGACCGACCGGAAGGGAAGCAAGGUCUUUUCCACUUCCUGAGGUAUGAGCGCAGCUCAGAUGCGGUGGAUGUGAGCGAUAGCUCCGUGAGCUAUGUUUCGGCCUUUGCGGCUCUCUAG